GAAUAGUUAGAAUUUGAGGUUUGAAUGAAAGGAGCCCGACAUGGCGCACUCUUCUGCUAGAGGAGAGGUGAUUUAAGAGGCAGAAGAAGGACAGUGAGUGUUACUCUUACAGCUUUCAUGUCAGCAGUUUGCACGUUUGGCUUUAAGGCAUGAUUCCAGCAUUAGCUCUUGAGAAGGACAGCUACCCAUGGGAUGUUGGGCGACAAGGUGUAACCUGCACCUGAAAGCGCCCUCCAGAGUGUCCGUGUUCUUCACCAUGAUCAUUCUGGUCACCUAUGUGUUCUACUGUCUGACCGGAUACUGCGAUUUAACCCUGAUUCGGCUGCACGAGCGCAGACCAACUUUACCCCAACUUCCUCAGGACCGGAACGCGUCCAAUCAGCGAGCCUUUCUAGCACGAGUCACUGCAGAAGAGACGAGACGUCUAUCCGGGGACGUUUCCAACCUUUCCGUAUCCGACAGCUUCGGGACUAAAGAGUUUCCCCAGGCUGUCAUUAUCGGCGUGAAGAAGGGCGGCACGCGCGCGCUGCUCGAGUUCCUGCGCGUGCAUCCCGACGUCCGAGCUGUGGGCGCAGAGCCGCACUUCUUCGACAGGUUCUACGAUAAAGGACUCGAGUGGUACAGAAAUCUAAUGCCCCGUACUCUGGAGGGACAGAUCACAAUGGAGAAGACCCCCAGCUACUUUGUGACACGAGAAGCCCCUCAUCGUAUCUUCAACAUGAACCGCAACACUAAACUGAUCGUUGUGGUGCGGGACCCGGUCACUCGGGCUGUCUCCGACUACACGCAGACUCUCUCCAAAAACCCAGGGCUUCCCUCCUUCCAGAACCUGGUCUUCAAAAACUCCAGCAAGGGCCUGAUUGACACAUCAUGGAGUGCUGUGCGCAUUGGAAUCUACUCCAAGCACCUGGAGAACUGGCUCCGGUACUUUCCUCUCUCACGCUUGCUGUUCGUGAGUGGGGAGAGACUUGUAACGGACCCAGCGAGCGAGAUGGAGCGAGUGCAGGAUUUUCUGGGCUUGAAGAGGCUAGUCACCAGCAAGCACUUCUACUUCAACCAGACUAAAGGCUUCCCAUGUUUAAAGAAGCCCGAGGGGAGCAGCAGGCCAAGGUGUCUUGGCAAAUCAAAAGGCAGAGCUCAUCCUCACAUACCGUCUGAUGUGUUGUACAAGCUCAGGGACUUUUACAGACCCUUCAAUCUGAAGUUUUAUCAGAUGACAGGCCAGGAUUUUGGCUGGGAAUGAACCCCUCAGUGGUUAAAGCUGAGUGGGCCUUUAAGCAUGGCCCUUAACUCACAUGCUUCAGGGGGUUGUACAAGAGCUGACUCUGAGCCCUGAUCCCCAAAGAUCAGAAUGGACGAAAAGCCAACAAUUUUCCCUUGGGAAUGCUUAACGUAUAAAUAUAAAAGUGCUGGGUGUAGCAGACUGUUUGUUCUUGUUUGAUUCAGUGAUUAUAAUGUCAACACCAUGCCAAAAGCUAUUCGUUUUUAGAAUGUUUAUUAUGACUGUUAAGUUGUUAUUGCAGUAUGAGCAGUCAAAACGGUUGUACUUAGUACGCAGUUGACUUGGAUUAGACACAGGUGACAAGGUGCAGCAGUCUGCUUGUUCUUUUACAUUAUUUUUAUUUUUUUUAAAAAGUUACAAAUCCAAUCACUCACUCCUGUUUUCAUUUCAGCGGUGAAGGCCUGAACCAUUUUCUCCCCAAAUCUUUAUUUAAAUUCUUCUUUUAAAGACCGAAAGAUGUAACUUGAGCUCACAUAUGUAGUAGCUUACUAGUUUAUCCUUUCUGGACACCCUAAACAUAGAGUCAGUCAGAUUGCAUUCCAAUUUAAAAAAUGAAAUUUCACUGUGUCCAAAGAUUACUGCACAAUUCAUGAGCUCUUCAGUAACUGGAAGACAAUACUAGUAGAUAAUGCUUUUCUACACUGUGAAGUGUUGCAGUUUGGGAUUGAAAUGGACUAAAUUGGGAUUACAUGUCAUGAAUCUAAACAGAAUAGAUCAUAAUUUUGAAGUGUGUGUUUGGGGGAAAGGAGAACAUGGUGAACAUGGUGGUGGUAGCAUCAUGUUGAGAGUUACCCUUGGCCUCUGUUGCUUCUCUACUCGAGUAAUGCCCUCCUUAGCCAGUCACUGACUUUUGGUGGACGGCCUCCUCUUGGCAGAAUCAUGAUUGUGCCACAUUUUUACUUUUACAUAAUGGACUGAAUGGUAUUCCAUGGGAUGUUUGGGAUAUUAUUUUUUUUUAUAUAACCAAACCACUGAUUGAUAUGUUUCCAGAACUUUGUUGACUUGUUUUGAUCGUCUUCAUGAUGCUGUCUGUUUAGGUAUGUCCUCUAAUAAACUCUGGGUUCAGGAAUAGGGUGAGAUCACGUGACAGUUUAAUUACACACAGGUCAACUCCAUUCAGAUAAUUAUAAAUAAUACUUAUGCAAUCACAGCUUUUAUGGUUAUUCUUGUAAAUAAUUUUGCUAACUAUAUUGACUUCCUGCCGGUUAAAUAUUAAGGGUUAAUUUGUGUAGAAUCAUGACACAUAAUCACAGUUAAGUCCAUUUCAGUUCCAUGUUGUAACACUACCAAAUGUGGAAUAGUUCACGGGGGUGAAUACCGUAGGUCAGAACAUGUACCAUCUAUACUGUAUGUGUUAAUUUAACCUGAUCUCAUGGUUGUGAACUUACGAGGAGAUUAAAAAAGUUAAAAUUAGGGAUGAGGCUUGAGACUUGUCGUAGCUUUCCUUUGGUUUGAAAUCCAACAAAACUCGACUGCUCUGCCUUGCUACUAGCAACUAGUUGCCUCAUUUUUAGCGGUGCAUUACACGUUUUCAUUGUUUUCUUUUCUUUCUUUCUUUUUUUCUAAACCAGCUAGUCUAAAAACCAGUUGUUGGUUGUUUUUUUUUUAAACCAACCUAUUCACACUAACUGGAGAACUGCUCUAAAGCCAGUCUCUUUAAAUGGACUUCUGUAAUGACCUUGAUGCUUUGAGAGUUGUGUUCAUUUCACUAAUGCAUAUGGGUUUUUUUUUUUUCUACAGGCUUUUGCUUUUUUAUUUUACUGUCAGAUAAGAAGUGGACAAAGCCAUUUUGCUGCUAUUCAAGGCUUAAUAUUUGUUGAUGUUUUAUUAAUUUAAUGCCCACUUUUUAAUAUCUCUUAAGCACUCAACCAUGUCCUAGUUUUUAUUGCAUUAAAUAUUCCAUUUGUUACCAUUAAUACAUCUCGAUAAGUGAUUCUGUAGUCUUCCCCUAAUUAGUAUGCAAAUGUAAAAGCAGUUAUGCAGUAUGCAGAGGUAUUGAGUCAUAAUGCAAAAAUAUGUCAGAUGAAUGAUUUUUUUUAUGACGAUCUUUUAAAAGAGCAAUAAAUACAAUGUUUGCAUUUUUAUCAAAACAUCAGGAGCGAUUAGUAAUUUUUAAAAAUGAAAUUUAUUCCUUAUCCUUGUAGCACAUUUUAUUCCCAUAGGCACAUCCUUCAUAAAAUUCUUUUAGGAGUGAAUGGGAAUGCUUCAUAUUAUUUGUUUCAGAUAUUAAUAAGAAAUUAACUAUAAAACAGGUACUAUUAUCUCUUCAUUUUUAUAAUACGGACUGUCAGAAUAUAAUUUAAGUUUGUUUUAUGGACUUUUGUUAUUUAUAUGAUAUUUCCAACGUACAAUUGCUCCUGUGUGCAAUUAAGCCGAUUUUCUUCUGAUUUUAUUUCAACAUUUACAUUGACUAUUGAUAAAAAUGUUCUCUAAUUUAAUUUAUGCUAUAUAUGAUG